CGAGCCACGUGCCUCGUCAGAUCACGCUGAUAACUUGACUGUCCAUGCCGGUAGCUUCCGAUAAGUUCUACCGCCAACUACCGCUGACUGCUCGCCGUUUCUUUCUUUCACUUGUCUCAAGCCCUCUCGUUUCCACCCACGCCGUCGAUCGGCCGUUGGACGCCACCGGCGACAUGGAUCCCCUCCGCCUGCUCCUCCCCCGCGCCCAGGCCCAGCCAUUGCUCCCGCUCCCCGCCGGCGUCCCAGCGCCGAGCGUCAGGCCCCGCCUCGUCCCGCGGCGACGGGCGCGCCGCCACCGCAACGGGGCCGCACGGAUGCUGCCGGCGUCGGCCGUGGCGUCCGAGUCGCCGUGGACGGAGCAGGAUCCGGCGUCCGGGGAGAAGGAGGAGCGGUUCGACUGGCUGGACCAGUGGUACCCUUUCGCCCCCGUGGAGGACCUGGACCCCGGCGCGCCGCACGGCAAGAUGGUGCUGGGCAUCCGCGUGGUGGCCUGGUACGACCGCGGCGCCGGCGAGUGGCGCGUGUUCGAGGACGCGUGCCCGCACCGCCUGGCGCCGCUCUCGGAGGGCCGCAUCGACGACAAGGGCCGGCUCCAGUGCGUGUACCACGGGUGGUGCUUCGACGGGCGCGGCGCCUGCAAGUUCAUCCCGCAGGCCCCCGCGCUCGGCCCGCCGGUGCACGCCAACAGCAAGGCGUGCGUGGCGUCGUACCCGUGCGUGGUGCAGAACAAGCUCCUGUGGUUCUACCCGCGCGCCGGGCCGGAGCACGCGGACGUGCUGCGGCGGAAGCGGCCGCCGUUCAUCAAGGAGAUCGACGACCCGUCCUUCGUCACCUCCUUCUUGAUAAGGGACAUGCCCUUCGGGUACGACGUGUUGGCGGAGAACCUCAUGGACCCUUCUCACGUGCCCUACGCGCACAAAGGCCUGUUCCGCGGCCUCCCCAGGCUUGUAGACCCCGGCAGAGAGGAGUACGACAAAGAAGGCGGCGUGCCGAUGGCGGUGAAGGUGGAGGAGUCGAGCGUGAACGGGUUCGCGUCGUCGCAGGGCCCCGGCUACGCCAACUUCGUCGCGCCUUGCACGUACUACGGAUCGCCGGCGUCCAAAAAAUCAGAGAAGAACAAGCCUCACCUCAUGAUCGUGUUCAUCAUCGUCCCGGUCGCUCCGGGGAGGAGCAGGGUGAUGUGGGCCUACCCGAGGAACUUCGGCCUCUGGCUGCACAAGAUCACGCCGCGGUGGUUCGACCACAUCGGCGUCAACGUCGUCUUGGAUUCCGACAUGUACCUCCUCCACCUCGAGGAGCGCAAUUUCGCCAAGGCGGGCAUCGAGAACUGGCAGAAGAGCGUGUACGUGCCCACGACGUCGGACGGCACCGUCGUCGCCUUCAGGAACUGGUUCAGGAAGCACUGCAGGUUCCAGGUCGGCUGGGCGGCCCCGACGGUCGACCAGCUGCCGCCGACCCCCACCAAGGACAAGCUCAUGGACAGGUACUGGUCGCACGUCGCGCAGUGCACGAGCUGCAGCGCCGCACUCAAGGCCAUGAAGGCGCUGGAGGUCGCCCUGCAGGUGGCGUCGAUCGCCGUCGUCGGGCUCCUCGCGGUGGCCAAGGGGACGCUGCUCACGUCCGUCGCCCAGCGGGCCGCCGUCGUGUCCGCGGCCGUCCUCUGCUUCGUGGCGUCCCGGUGGCUCGCCGACUUCAUCCAGAAGAAAUUCUAUUUUGAGGAUUAUGUCCAUGCUUACAAGUGACUUGGCAAAUCAUCCGGUAGGGAAAAGUAUGUGUAGGGAUAUACUAGAAAAUACAUCUAGGGCCGUUGUUUUUGUAAAUCAAAUUUUAGUGCAUCGAAAAUCGGUGUAUUUUAGUCCAAAUAUCAGUUUUGAGCAGA